AAUUAUACUUCAGUCCAAACAGAAUUACUCUCCUUACAAAGUCCCAACUUAGGCCCAAAAGUUCGUUGUAUAAGUCCGUCGUCACUGUCAUUCUAUGGCGGGUUAACCGGUCCAUACCCGACCCGUUUUGAUUCCGACGGAGAUUCCAAUGGCGGAAGUCAUUUCCUAUGAUCCUAUCUAACUCCGAAGCCCAAAGUUUCCUUUUCUUCCAAGGAAGAUGAUGAUCCACCAGUGCGUUUCCAACUCUGCGCAAUCUCUAAUCCCUAACCUCAACCUUCACCGCCACUCAUCGCCGCGGAAAUUGGUCAGUUUAACCGUCCGAUGCGAAUCGCGGAUCGAUUUGGAGGCGAAACCGGCGGCUCAGCCUAGCCGGCUGGGGCCUCACACUGGUCGAGAUCCGAAUGCGAAGAAACCAGGCUGGCUGAGGCAGAAGGCGGCGCAGGGUGAUAAAUAUGAGGAGGUCAAGGAGUCAUUGUCUAGGCUGAAGCUCAACACUGUAUGCGAGGAAGCUCAGUGCCCUAACAUCGGAGAGUGUUGGAACGGCGGCGGCGAUGGCAUUGCCACCGCCACCAUCAUGUUGCUAGGAGACACCUGCACCAGAGGAUGCCGGUUUUGCGCCGUCAAGACCAGCCGCAACCCGGCGCCGCCCGAUCCCAUGGAACCUUACAACACUGCCGAAGCUAUUGCCAGCUGGGGUGUGGAUUAUAUUGUUCUCACAAGCGUCGACAGAGAUGAUCUAGCUGAUGGAGGAAGUGGGCAUUUUGCCGAAACUGUCAAAGCCAUGAAGAGGCUCAAACCUGAUAUCAUGGUUGAGUGUUUAACAUCGGAUUUCCAAGGUGACUUGAAAGCUGUGUCUACUCUUGUUCACUCUGGGUUGGAUGUUUUUGCCCACAAUAUCGAAACUGUGAAGCGACUGCAGCGGAUUGUUAGAGAUCCCAGGGCUGGGUAUGCACAAAGCUUAUCUGUGCUGAAACAUGCCAAGCUCAGCAAGGAAGGAAUGAUCACAAAAUCAUCUAUUAUGUUGGGCCUCGGUGAAACUGAUGAUGAGCUGAAAGAAGCUAUGGCUGAUUUAAGGGCAAUCGAUGUGGACAUUUUGACACUAGGGCAGUAUUUACAGCCUACACCAUUGCAUCUCACAGUAAAAGAGUUUGUCACCCCUGAAAAGUUUGCCUUUUGGAAAGAUUACGGCGAGUCAAUUGGCUUCCGUUAUGUUGCUAGUGGACCCUUGGUUCGAUCAUCGUAUAGAGCUGGGGAACUCUUUGUCAAGACCAUGGUAAAAGAGAGGGUUAAGCAAACAUAGAUUUCUGCACUAGCAGAAGACAUUUACAUGAAACCACACUGCCUACCAUUUUGGCCUCCCAGAUUCCUAUUUUAAGUAUUUUUACACAGGUCUUUCUCUCUCCCUCCCUCUCUCUCUCUCUAUAUAUAUACAUGUUUGCUAAUAUAUAUAUAUAUUGUAUAUGUUCAUCUUACAUAAAGUAUGAUCAGCACGACACACUCUUGUCAUCAAAGGAUUAGUACUAAUGUCGGUUUAGCACCAAAAUUCUUUGUUCUUGGAAUCGAUUCUCUCGUUGUCUGAACUAA